AUGGCGUCUGCCGCCGCCCCCGGCCCCGGCCCCGGCCCCGGCCCCGGCGCCGAGGACAGUGGGCGCAGGAGGUCCCGUCUGGCGGCGUCGUUGCAAAUCAACCCCAGGCCCAGCCCGUGGCGGCCGUCGGGCAGCCCGGGCCAGGACCCCUGGGAGCCUGCGGUGGCCCCCGGCGCGGAGAACGACAAGCGGGGCGGGCAGCCCCAGGCCUCGGCGGCGGCGGGGGACGGUGAGCCCGCGGCAGGGGCCGGGGCCGGGGCCGGGGAGCUGGGGGCAGCCGGGGCUCGGGAGGACCCGGGGGCGCGGCUGGGGAGGUCGCCGAGGGUCUCUGUCCCGCCCGCAGGGCCUGCGGGGGACGUCCCGGCGGCGGCCGGGCAGCUGGGCCUGCAGCUCCGGGACCCGCCGCGGGGCCAGGCCGUGGCCAUGCUCGCGCAGUACGCCGCCAGUCUGGGCUUGUCGCUCAUGUUCCGGGAGGACCCGACGGCAGACCCCUGCUUCCCCUUCUCCAUGUGUGCUGAGCUGGAUGGGCUGCUCUGCCCCACGGGCAAUGCCAGCAGCAAGCCAGAGGCCAGACAGCAGGCAGUGGCAGCGGUCUCUACCCUCCACUACGUCCGAAGUCAGCUGGGGAGCCCAGAGCCCUUAGAGACCCCCAGCAAGCCUCCACUUGCCCCUCUGAGUGUAGAGAACAUCCUAACCCAUGAGCAGCGCUGUGCGGCUGUGGUCAGUGCCGGCUUUGACCGUCUGGUGGACAAGACCUCACCAUACCGGGCCUGUAAAGGGACUGUGGCAGCGGUCAUCCUGGAGAGAGAGGUCCCAGGUGCCAAGGGCCACGCCAAGGAGAUCUAUGAGCUGGUGGCUCUGGGCACGGGCAGCAGCAGUUGUGCAGGCUGGCUAGAGUUCUCCGGGCGGCAGCUCCACGACUGCCAUGGGCUGGUGGUGGCCCGCAGGGCCCUGCUCAGGUUCUUGUUCCGCCAGCUCCUGUUGGUGACACAGGGUGGCGCCAAGGGCAAGGAACGGUCAGUACUGGCCCCCCAGCCUGGGCCUGGGCCCUCCUUUGCCCUCAAGCCCCGGAUCUUCCUGCAUCUCUACGUCAGCAAUACCCCCACGGGAGCCGCCCAUGAUAUCUACCUCCCUCCAUCCACUGAGGGCAGCCUCCUACAUAGCCCGCCCUCCCGCCUUCAGGCCCAUGUCCGUGGGGAGCUGAAGCCCGUGUGCUAUGUGGUGCCUUCGCUUCGUGACACCCACGUGGGCUGCCUCUCCACCAGUGACAAGCUGGCCCGCUGGGCUGUGCUGGGACUGGGUGGCGGGCUGCUUGCCCACUUUCUGCCUCCCCUCUAUGCCACCAGCCUUGUCCUGGCCGACCCCUGCCAUGACCCCCCAACUCUGAGCAGGGCCAUCCACACCCGGCCCAGCCUAGACAGGGUCCUGGGGCCGUGCCUGCCGCCCCCCUAUGCCCGUACCACGCUGCACCUGUUUGCGGGGCCCCCUGUGGCCCCCUUGGAUCCUAUCCCCAACACCUGCCAUAGCCUGAGCCUUAACUGGAGUCUGGGGGACACCGAUGUCGAGGUCGUGGAUGUGGCCACAGGGCGUGUGAAGGCCAAUGCUGGCCUCGGGCCCCCCUCCCGCCUCUGCAAGGCAGCCUUUCUCAGGGCCUUCCGCCAGGUUGCCCGAGUUCUGGGGAAGUCCCGCCUCCUAGCCUUGAAGACCUAUGAGGCAGCCAAGGCUGGACCCUACCAGGACGCCCGCAGGCAGCUGUCUCUCCUCCUGGACCAGCAGGGCCUGGGGGCUUGGUCCUCGAAACCACUGGUGGGCAAAUUCAGAGACUGA